AUGCGUCCCGUUAUCAUCACUUCAGCAUUUGCAGCUUUGGCCUUUGCCAAUCCACUUCCCCAAGUCAUUGAUUUGGGUGCCAUUGAUGAUCUUCCACCAGCUGAAGUGUAUAUUGCUCCAGUAGAUAUCCCUUCCCAAGAUGUCGUGACUAAGCCAGCUGUCGAUGCCACUAACGAAGCAGCCGGCGCAGUGAAUAAUGUUGCUGUUCGAGAUAUUCCAGCUAUUCCAGCCAUCCCAGCUGUUCCAGAUAUUCCAGCUAUCCCAGAUACUCCAGCUAUUCCAGCUAUCCCAGAUACUCCAGCUAUUCCAGCUGUUCCAGCUAUUCCAGAUGUAUUCGCUAAAAAGCGUGAUCUUACCAAACGCGAUUGCGAGCAACAACCAGCCGGCUAUGGGCCAAACUCCAAACCAGAUACCGCCGAUGCUUUUUUAGCCGAUCCUCAAUACAACAAGAUCGCCUCUAAAGCUCCCACUCCACAAGGUUACACCCUUGCUUUCUCUGAGCUCAAAGGCUCCACCCAGACCACCUCGUAUCUUGGUUAUAAGACUUUAAAAUCCUACGACACUGUCGAGUGUGCUCAAUACUGUGAUCAACAAGACGGCUGCAUUGCCUUCAAUAUCUACUUUGAGCGUGAUCCCACUGUUGAUCCUGGCUACAAGUGCUCCAAUCCACCUUCCACCGUUAACUACAAGUGUGUAAAGUGGGGUGUCCAAAUCAAGAAGGAGACUGCUACCAAUACCGGCCAAUACAGAAAGGACUUCCGUGUCGUCAUUUCCGGAUCCAAUGGAUACAACAAAAAGUACUCCCCAGCGCCUUGUGAUAAAUACAAUGGCCCAGUCUCUCUCGGAGGAGCCAUGCAGGCCCCUCUUGAUCCAGUCACCAAGACUGAUACAUACAUGGGCUACAAAUUUUUCUCCUUUGACGAUGUCAAAACCUACGAGUACGGAGUCGUUGCCUGUACAUCCGCCUGCACAACGCAAUCCAAAUACAAUCUUGAGCAUCCUCCUUCCUCUGGCCACCCAGCCAUCUGCAAUCAAGUCGUCGUCUACGUGUUGAGUCAAAGCAACAAGCCUCAAGGAAUCUACUGCUCCAUGUAUACCGAAGUCUGGGCUUCCAACCACGCAACUAAUUACGGCCAAUGGAGAGGAUCCGAGUACUGGUCAGUUAGCCAAGCGUACUCCUACAGCAGAGCAGACUAUGAUGCCAAAUACCCAAAGGCCAUCUGUGAUGUUGGAGGAUGCCCAGCGGAUUGCUACAAGGGCGGUAACUGGGGCGGAUGGGGGUCCGAGAAGAAAUGUAAGUCCAAGAGAUCAAAGGCUGUGACUCUGUGA